AUCACUUUCUUGCCUUAUUUGCUCAUUCAGGAAUUUCCACAAACACUUUCUCAAGAGAAACGUUUCUUUAUAACUAACAUGGCCAGACCACAACAACGAUAUCGAGGUGUUCGACAAAGGCAUUGGGGUUCUUGGGUGUCGGAAAUUCGCCAUCCUCUCUUGAAAACUAGAAUUUGGCUGGGAACAUUUGAAACGGCAGAAGACGCGGCUCGUGCCUACGAUGAGGCUGCAAGGCUUAUGUGUGGACAAAGGGCUAGAACCAACUUCCCUUACAAUCCAAAUGCACCUCAAUCAUCAUCAUCCAAGCUUCUCUCAGCAGCUUUGACAGCUAAACUACACAAAUGCUACAUGGCUUCACUUCAAAUGACCAAACAACAAUCAGGGCACGAGACACAAAAUAAGAUACCAACUCCACAUGUUAUCAGCAACAGUGGCAUUGCGGGGAGAGACAACGGAAUGGGAGUCCGUCUGCUAGAAAAGAGACCAUUGACAGUUCAAGAGGCAGAAGCCAAUUGGGUUGUCAAGAAAGCUGAAGUUGAAAGCACCCAGCUGUUCAAACCUCUUGAAGAGGAUCACGUUGAACAAAUGAUUGAGGAACUACUUGACUGUGGCUCCAUUGAACUAUGCAAUGUCUAGUCCAUAGGAUGUCAAUCACCAUCCUUUCUUCUUUCUCUAUAUUUCUUCCCUUUUUUCAUUUUCACCAGUCAUUGAAAACGUUGGGACUCAGUUCCCAAGUCUCAAGGCUGGCUGGUCUUUACAUUUUCUUCCAUGUUAAUGGCACUGAUUAGCUAAUUUAACCCAUUCUUCGCAACCUUUCCACAUACUAUUUUCCAAGUAUUGUAGACCCUCUUCUUUAGGUUAUAGUGUCUACCGAGUGACUCCAUUUGAUGAUGUUUAAUGUACAGUAAGCUCUGUUAUGAUAUAUGUUACUAUGAUAACAUCAUCUGCUCUGUCUCUUUCUUUUCGAUUAUGGAUUCGGAGAAUGAAUUAUAGGAAUUUUCCAUUUUCACUCUUCUGCUGCAAGGUUCCCAAGUCUUGUAUGAUAAAUUACUUGCAUUGCCAAAUUUUCACAAUUCAAACGGACAAGCAAGCUGCCUAGAAUUAGGCAAAGUCAUGCUUGUCCUUUUCAAAACAACAAUGCAACCAGCAUUCUUUUAUUAAUUUCAAAGUAUCCACACCAAACUGUCGUACUAUAAGCCUAUAACAAUAAACAACAACAAAUGGAUUAUUCACUAUCACGGGGAUUUGCGUGAUCGACGGACAAGUUUUGUAUUUCACUGGCCUAAGUCUAAUAAUAAUAGAAACAUCUCUGUAUUUGUUCUCUAACUAUUUUGAUUACAGUCUUUUGGAGUUGGUGAGGACAUGUAGGAAAGCAUUAACAUGGUUUACUCAUGGAGAGUUAGAAAUUGGAAGAUACAUCUGCCAGAAAUCAAUUAAUGAUCAUAAAUAGAACAUUAUUGAUACAGAACAAGGCCUAGAAAACUU